CUGGCAACAUACGAUAAGAAUGAUAUGAAGAAGAGUGGUAUACCAACACGCGAGUUAAUUAAUUUGUAUGAAAAAUUUGCUGACGGAGGUUUCGGGACUAUCGUUACUGGCUGUAUUAUGAUUAAUGGGAAAGAUAUCGAAGCUCCGGGCAAUGUAAUCAUCGAUCAAGAAUUGGAUUCUGAAGAGCGUCAAAAUGCAUUUAAGGAAUGGACUCAAUGCGCUAAAAGAAGUGGAAGUAUCAUUAUCGCCCAGCUGUUCCAUCCUGGAAAAUAUGCUGCUGACUUACCGCAUAAAACAGAUUUCAAUAUUAAUAAAUUGACACGGAAGAAAAUUGGAGAACUAAUUAAUGAUUACGCUUAUGCUGCAAGCUAUGCUCAACAAUGUGGUUUCAAUGGUGUGGAAAUUUCAUGCACUUAUUUCUUCGCCUUGGGACAACUAAUCACAAGCAAUGAUAAUAUUCGUAACGAUGAAUUCGGUGGUGAAUUAGAUAAUCGUGCCAAAAUUUUGUUCAAAAUUAUCCAAGCCAUACGAAUGAAAAUCUGUAAACCAAGCCGCUUUGUAAUUGGCCUUAAAUUAUUCUGCGGAAACUUCGAGCCUGAUUACAAUAUUGAUACAUUCGGUGAAUUUGUUCAUAACGUUGAGAAAACUGGCUUUGAUUAUAUAGCUAUAACGGGUGGACAUUAUAAUUUGAUCAAAGAUUUAAAACGCGACGAUGAUCCAAAGAAGUGUGAAUAUUUCUAUCAAAAUUUUAUACUUACAAUGCGAAAACAUUUGACAAGAACAAAAUUAUUUAUGAAUGGUGGAUUUGUAACACUUGAGGAUAUGAUUGCUGCGGUCCGUGACGGUUGGGCAGCGGGCAUUGCACUUGCGAGGCCUGUAGCUGCUGAACCAGAUUUGCCGAAAAGAUUAUUUUCUGGAGAAGUGAAAGGUGCAACGAAAUCAUUAUUUGAGCCAGCAGAUUAUUCCGUCGAGAUCAAAUUUGCCGGAUCACAACUUUGGCAACACGGUUACUUGUUGACUGUAAUGGAUGCAUCAAAUCCUGAUCAUAUCGAACAGUUCAAGAAAGAUUUACAUUUUCAUGAAAAACAAAAAUUAGCUGCUUCAGAUGAUGAAUUGGUUAUUGGUUAUCCGAAAACAAUUAUCCAUCCAGAAUUACUCGAUGAGGAUAUGCUGAAACUAAUUCAGCAACCAUUAAAACAAAAAAUAUCCACCGAAACUGUGACUUUAGAUAAACAUGCAACAGAAGAUGAGCUAACCACAAAACCGGAUGAUACGGAGAGAGAACUGAUAGAGGAGGAAACGCAUCAUGUAAUGAAGAAACAAUUGGAUUAUGGAGCACCGGGUGAUUUGCAAGAAAAUACAGUCGAAGAAUCGAUUCGUACGGUAAUAAAACGACAUGAAAAUUUGGCAGAUGUUGGUGUGGACAUAAUUGAGGAAACCAUUGAAAAAGUGAUUUUAACUCAAUCGGACUUCUCGGAACCACCUCAAUCGGAUUUAGCUCAAUUACCAAUGGAAGAUGUACAAGCAGAUGUCAACAAACAUGAUGAUGAAACCGCUGAAACAUUGGAUGCUAACUUCAAUGAUGUUCAAACUGCACUGGAAGCUACAUUUAAAGAAGAUGUAGCAGUUGUGGAUGAAAUGGUUCAAGAUAUUAGCGAAGAAUUACAUAAGGAUAAUGAAGGAGCAAUAGCGGAUAAGGAUGAACAACAUGUGGAGACUCUGUCCCCUACUCAACAAUCAGAAAUUAAGGAAACAGCAGAAGUGAUCUCAGGAUUAUCAGACGAUGAUAAACCGAUUAUCUCUGGAAUCGUUGAAGAAGUUAGAAAUACCACUAAUGAUACAAUGAAAUCGAUGGAGCAUAGUGAAAAUUCAAUUACUGAAAAUGAGAAAUAUCCGAUGACUGAUAGGGACACUUCCGUUGGAGGCGAGAAUUAUGAUGUCGAUGAAAAUCCUGUCGAAGAGGUAAUGCGUAAAGAAAUAUAUGGCGUUUCAAAUCAAAUGACGACAUCAUUUAUGGAGAAUUCGAUGGCACACCACACUGAACUAUCGCCUGGAAAAGGUGACGAACAAUUUACGGACGCUUCGGAGUUUCAAGACAUGGAAGAACAUCAUGAAAUAAGAAGUACUAAUAGGGACAAAGAGGAUCAUUUACAACAUCGUUCUGAAGAAGAUAUGAUAGAAACUCAUGCUUCUGAAGGUGUAACGGAAGCUUAUAUUCCAAAAGAUAUAACUGAAGAUUAUAUUCCAGAAGGUGCAGAAGAACGUUUUUUGGAAAAAACUGAUGAAACUGAUAUGACGAGAGGCUUAAUUGAUAAUCAUUUCCACGAUGAUAAUAUGUCAAAAGAUGUUUUACAAUCAGAAACAACUAUAGCAAAAGAUAUGACAACUGAUAAUCAUGUCGAAGAAUAUCCAAUAGCUGAGAAACAACAUCCAGAAAGUGGAGUUAGCCAGCCAGGAUGGGAUGAGCUAUCAGGUGAAGCAGACCAUUACAAAAUAUCAUCAACAACAUACUCAACAUUAUUUGGUUCAACAUUAAUGAGUGGAAAUGGUGAUUCCGUUGCUUAUGAAGAAUACUACGAUAAACAUUCAGUUCCCGGACAAUCACCCGAAGAAACAUAUCACAGUAAAAUUUAUGAAAUUCCAAACGCUGAAUCGAAGGAUAUACAAAAUGCCGAAAAGUUAUCAAAUGAACAAAUUCAGUCGGAAUUUGAUACUGAAAAAUCUCUAACAGAUAAUAGCGCAACAGCUCAUAGACACGGAUUAACUGGCUUUAUUUCAUCGGCUCUACCGGAUUCUGUACAAAAUUUAAUCACAUCUACGAGAAAUAAAUUUGAUGAGAUCCUUAGUGAAAGUGACGGAAAACAUCAUCAACCAGAUUUGCAGUUCACGAUGAAAACAGAAGAGAUAAUGGAUGAUGGCGGACGUAAAUAUGAGGUUCAUACGGAAAGCUACGCUGACCACAGGUCAUCAUCGGAUUUCGGAGAUACUAAAGUAUUUUUAGCUGAUGAUUCUGAUAAAUUCAAGAUGCAUGAUGACGAUUUAACUAGCAGAUCUGCUAAUAUUCAUCAUUCUACCGAAACUACUAUUACAACAGUGACAAGCCAAGAUGACAAAGAAUCGAAAAAACAUCGAGAUGGUUUGUUUGGAGAGAAAAAAAGUACCGAUGAGCUUGAUUUUGAAUUCAUUCAUUAA